AUGCGUCUCCUCAUCCUCUUUCUCACGCUGCUUUCGGUUGCAGCUGGCUUCACUUUGCAAAAGACUGAUGGCACCACGAUCGAGCUCAGCGAUGAGCCUAUGGUCAUCGACGGCAGCGAAGUGAUCAUGCCUCAGGAAAUGUUCGCGAGCGCGUCCCGCGUCAAGCUCGACGGUAUCUCGGAGGUUGCCGACGUCAGCACUGCAGACAUUAACCCUUUUCCGGCUGCUGUACACCUCUACGAAGGACCUUACAAGCAAGGCAGGCGAGCUAAAGCCUACCUAUGCGCUACAGGAAUGAAUGGUUGCCUCGCAGACGGCGCCUCUGAGCCAUGGGCUUCUUCGCUCACUCUACAAAAAUGCCCCCACGGCUCACCAGUUGGGAACAAGACAUUCGCAUGUUUCUUCUUCUCGAAUUCCAAGUGCCAAGGUAACCCGUCGUACUCGACCCGCGAAUCUCUUGGAAAUCUUGCUACUAUCGGAUUGGAUAACAAGAUCAAGUCUGUCGACUGCUACUUCGACACGCUGCACGGUGAGUAG